CCAGGUGAUUACCUCAUGAAACUGUUUGGUUUUUGUUUACAGCAAGAGAAGCUCCUGGAAGGUUAUGUGGGCUUUGCCAAUCUCCCAAACCAAGUGUACAGAAAGUCCGUCAAGAGAGGCUUCGAGUUCACUCUCAUGGUCGUGGGUGAAUCUGGUUUGGGGAAGUCUACACUGAUCAACUCCCUCUUCCUGACAGACUUGUAUUCACCUGAAUACCCUGGACCCUCCCACAGAAUCAAGAAGACAGUACAGGUGGAGCAGUCGAAGGUGCUGGUAAAGGAAGGAGGAGUUCAGCUGCUUCUCACCAUCGUUGACACGCCAGGGUUCGGGGACGCUGUCGACAACAGUAACUGCUGGCAGCCAGUCAUCGAUCACAUCGACAGUAAGUUUGAGGAUUACCUCAACUCAGAGUCCCGGGUCAACAGACGGCAGAUGCCUGACAACAGAGUGCACUGCUGCCUCUACUUCAUUGCCCCCUCUGGACACGGGUUGAAGCCUCUUGAUAUAGAGUUCAUGAAGCGGUUACAUGAAAAAGUGAACAUCAUCCCCCUCAUCGCCAAAGCGGACACAAUGACUCCUGAGGAGUGCCAACAGUUCAAGAAGCAGAUCAUGCGAGAAAUCACAGAGCACAAAAUCCAGAUCUACGAGUUCCCAGAGACCAACGAUGAGGAGGAGAACAAGAUGGUCAAGAAGAUCAAGGAUCGCUUGCCCCUGGCUGUUGUUGGUAGCAACACCAUCAUCGUGGUCAACGAGAAGCGGGUGAGAGGGAGGCAGUACCCCUGGGGCGUGGCGGAAGUGGAGAAUGGAGAGCACUGUGACUUCACCAUCCUGAGGAACAUGCUCAUCAGAACCCACAUGCAGGACCUGAAGGAUGUGACUAACAACGUCCACUAUGAGAACUACCGCAGCAGGAAGCUAGCAGCCGUCACAUACAACGGAGUGGACAACAACAAGAACAAGGGACCAAUGACCAAAUUUGACACAAGUGAAGGCAUGAGUCCCCUGGCCCAGAUGGAGGAGGAGAGGAGGGAGCACGUGACCAAGAUGGAGAAGAUGGAGAUGGAAAUGGAGCAGGUGUUUGAGAUGAAGGUCAAGGAGAAGAUCCAGAAGCUCAAAGACUCUGAGCUAGAGCUCCAGCGGCGCCAUGAGCAGAUGAAGAAGAACCUGGAGGCCCAGCACAAGGAGCUGGAGGAGAAGAGACGCCAGCUGGAGGACGAGAAGCACAACUGGGAGGCACAGCAGAGGGUGCUGGAGCAACAGAAACUAGACGCAUCCAGAACCCUGGAAAAGAACAAAAAGAAGAAGAUAUUUUAAAAGUAUUUCGGCAAGACCACCGUGUGACAAUGUACUAGUUGCCAAUUUCCCAACCUGGACUGUCAGUUUGUCUGUCGACCAACAACCUGUUACUGUGUGUCUGCAUGGAGGAGCAGUGUGGCAUGUCUGGGGGGGUUCAACCUGGGGUCCUACAUUAGACCUACUGUCACAGACAUGCUCAGUCCUGGAAGGUGUCUCCUUUCUGUUCUCUCGCUCUCCUCCCCAAAGACCUUUCUUAUUCUCCCUGAAAUGGGCAUGUUAGACUGUUGUACAAUCAUGUUUUUUGGUUCGCAGUUCUCAAGCACACGCAGUCCCACACGCACACAACAAAACACACAGGUAUGAGCUAUUUCAUGAUUUCAGAGACGAUUCCCUUUUCUUUUUGAAACCCAGAAUGCCACACAGCCUUGCUUUCUUAUCCUCUUUCUAGUUAGAUGACCUUGGAGACAGACUGCACUGCUUUCCUCUUUCUAGUUAGAUGACCUUGGAGACAGACUGCACUGCUUUCCUCUUUCUAGUUAGAUGACCUUGGAGACAGACUGCACUGCUUUCCUCUUUCUAGUUAGAUGACCUUGGAGACAGACUGCACUGCUUUCCUCUUUCUAGUUAGAUGUCCUUGGAGACUGCACGACUUUGUUGUAGUGUUCUAUUUAAUGCCAAAUGACCAAACUGCGGAGUAGGACACACCAAGCUACACACCUCAGGCGUUUUUCUUUUUAUAACAAUUUUAGUUAUUUAGUUAUCGUUGUUAUUUUUUGGCCCUCAUCCAAAAAUGUUAUCCUCUUCCAAUUCUUGUCAUUUAAAUCAUCUAGCCAUGGACCGCUGUGUAUAACUUCAGUCAUAUUAGAACCUUUCAUUGCUGGUUAUUUUGUCCUUUUUUCCCUCUCUCUCUAUUAUAUUGGCCCUGCUACAGUAAUCGUUACAUUUUUCAUUUUGUGUUUGUAGGCAUUUCUCCAUUCUGGUCUUUGAGGUUUACUGUGCAUACUGAAUUUCACUCCAGCUGCUACACAGUAGGCCCCCUUGACCAGGGCAGGGAAACCCUGUUUUAGAAGACGGUGGGGGAGGAAAGUUUGGUUGUUAACUCAACCCGUUAACAUAACCCUGAUGUAGUUUACUUACAAUGACCAAUGACUGUAAACAGGUCUGUAUUGACUGUAAUAAACAACGAUGGGGUUCCCUUCCCUUACAUCACAUUUAA